AUGGCAUACCUUUCUCCCGAACCUGAAGACACCAAAUCAGAGGAAUACCAUACACGCGUUAUCCUACUACCCAUAUCGACAUCAGCCGUGAAAUCUUUAAAACUCCCGGGAAAUCGAGAUAUCGUUGGGUCAAUUCCAUUGACUGGAUUGCCUAUUGACCCAUUGGUCACUCGUGGGAGAAACAAGAUACUCGCUUUCCGGCUAUACGAAAAUCUAGAUCGUCCAUACUUUGUCGUUGGUAGUGACAAAUCAUGCCAAGUACAACUCCAGACUACAAUAGAUGAAUGUUGGGUUAAUAUACGGCAUUGUUUGUUUAUUACGAUACCCGAUGAUAAAGACGACGCAGUUCUCCUCCGCAAUUCGUCCACCUCUCGGUUUAUCCUCCGGGAUGUUCUCUAUGGACAAGAAGAUGAGGAGGAGGAGGAGAUUUUGCCUGGUGAUCGACUGAGGAUACGCCCCGGCCUUAUGCAUAUAACACUCGGAGCAGGUCUCGAGUUUUUACUUAAGGUCCUUCCUAGUAGCGUAUCGAACACCCGCUCCCCAGUCUCUUCGGGUGUUUGCGAGCUGCUCAGCGGGUCAGCAAUAACAGCCAAAUCGACGGUCCUUCGACGAAAAAAAGCGGCCAAUAAAGAUCCCAUCGAUGCUCUUCACGCGAACAAGCGGAUUAAAUCUGAGGCCUCUCCAUCAAAAACUGCCCAGUGUGAAGCAUGGCAUCCGAAGCUGGAUCUUGUUGCUGAAACCGGAUUAACACGUGUUUUCAAGUUACAGCGGUUUGGACGACUUGUUGCUGCCAAGGUCUGCAGAAAGCCGGAUAUAGAGGAUGCAGUGUAUAUGUGGGAAAACGAGAGAAAAAUUCUGCAGGCUCUGAAACAUCGUAACAUAGCACAGCUUCUCGAUUUUCAGGCUUCUAACUUGGCGCUAUAUCUUGAAUACAUAGAAGGACUGGACCUUUCCCAGUAUGUUGACACUGACAGAUUUUCAAUCAUUAAGGAAGAGAUGCAACUCCGAAUCUGGAUAGACAUCAGUGGUGCCUUGAAGUAUAUUCAUGAAAAGGGCAUUAUACAUCAUGAUAUAAAACCUAAUAAUAUUAUACUUGGCAACCAUAAGCGAGGAGCUGUACUCUGCGACUUUGGCCUUUCCACCCUUGAGCACCGUUAUAGUGAUGGAGGGUCGACAUCCUAUGUCCCACCCGAAAUGCUCUUGAAGCAGAGGGGUAAGCCAAGUGACAUAUGGGCCUUUGGCGUUACUAUGCUCUUUGUUUUCAAGCAUAUACAGCUACCUUCUAAUGGUUGGCCUAUUCGAAAACUCAUGGAGGAUGCGAAAAUCCGGAAAAAAUUUAUGACUUGGUGGGAUCAUAUUGAUACCUUGCGAAAGAAACUCCCUCGACGAAUGACCGUCCUUCGGGAAAUGCUGACCCUUGACCCUCAACGCCGUAUUUCCGCUUCUUCUCUACAUGAUACCCUGAAUAGACCGAGGAUAGCAGCGGCAACAACAACAACUGCAGCAAAGAAGACUAAAAUAAAGAAGCCCUAUCUACUUAAGCGCUGA